AUGGAAGUAGAAAGAUUGUCAAUAACGGAUGCACAAAAACAAGUUCUUGUGGAUUUUUAUGAGAGAGGAAUGGUUUCAACCAAGAAAGGUUUAGCUGAAUUGCAUGUUGAAUGUGCUAGCGCUUGUGGCUUGUCUGAAACCCAAGUAAAAAACUGGAUAAGUAAUUAUAAAGCUAGCAAACGAUCAUCUGGUGAACCUAGGCAAAAUGCUAGUAAAUCAGUUCUAAUUCGGAAGAGGAGUGGCUAUAAUGUUUUUGCCAAGGAACAACUUGCUGAAGGAGACUCCAAGAGCAAGAAACAAAAGUUCUCUGAACUUGGUGCGAAGUGGAAGGACUUGACAGAUGGUCAAAAAGAGGAAUAUAGAGGGAAAGCUCGGAGUUUGAAUGAUUCCGAUGUUGCGGAAGGAUUCACUGAUAGGCAGAGAAGUAAAAGAAUUGUUAACAAUUUAAUGAAGGAGGUUGCAGAACUUGAUAAUAUAGAUGGAGUCGAAUGCCUGGUUAUCUGUGUGGAAGGUGGCAAUAUAUAUCAUGCCUCAACAAAAUUGGGCCAAAAGUUUCUUGAAGAAUAUCCGGAUACCUGUACAAAGUUUGGAAAUGUCAUUCAAAAUGUCUCCCUUAAUAACAAGAUAGAUGUGAGCGACAAAAUGAUUAGAACAAUAUUUAACAAAAAGUAUAGUACAUUAGUUGGCAAGGCUUCACCCUUGCCGUAUUCAGCAGCAGAAUCUCUUGGACUAAAGUUUAAUGGUUUGCCGUCCGAACUCAUAGACGAAUUGGGUUGUUAUCCAAAACAGCCAAACCAUUACGGGGCACAACAAAAGCGAAGAUUGUGGGAGAGAAGAAACUCCUUUUCUUUUUCUUUGCAAUCACACAUGGAAAUAAUCAAUACUGCAAGUAACAAUGCAUCAUCUUCUUCAACUUCAUCAAAUCCUAAGACCGAGUACAUCAGGGGAAACAAUUAG